UUCCUGUCGACCAAACGGGACCUUCCAUCGGUUUCUUCUGUCUUCUAUGGCCGUAUGACCAAGAUUGACUUGAGAAUUGGUGGCAUUUCCGUUGCUGACGACGCCGAUCGAAUCGAACUACAGAGCCUGCACCAUCCCUUACCGCUUCCCCUCCGACAAUCGCCGCAAGCCCACCCCCACUGAGAUUGCUUGGAUCGACCUCUUCCUCAACUCCAUCCCUUCCUUCAAGAAGCGAGCUGAGAGUGAUGCUUCAGUCAAUGAUGCUCCUGCUAAAGCUGAAACGUUUGCUCAGAGCUACUUUGCAGACUUCGUGAGCAGAUUCUUAGGGAGUUGGGGUUCAGAGAUAUAUUCAAGAAAGUCAAGGAUGAAGAGAAUGCAAAGGCCAUAACCUGUUUGAGAAUGUGGUGGAUCUUAAUGAUGCUAUUGAAGAUGAAGGCAAGCGGGUAGAGAAUCUGAUUAGAGGGAUAUUUGCUGGAAACAUAUUUGAUCUUGGUUCUGCUCAGACCUUUGAAGGAAAAGUUUAGUUAAUCAAUAUGGAGACACAUCAACAUUACAUGUGCAGUGCAAGGUCAUUUAUCUCAAUGGACCUCAAAGAUGCAACAUAUCUUUCUCUGAGAAGAUUUUUAAUUCCCUUGAAGAUGCAGACCAGCUACUACAGAUAACUGAGUUGAUCAUUGCUAAAUAAUGGGAGGGAGCUUUCAGGAAAAGAAACAGAGAUUGGGCGGGAGUUUUCCGGAAGAUUUUGAUCAUCUCUGGGAGCUACGCUUGGGUUUGUUUUGGAGGAAGUGCGUGCCCAGAUUUUGAUCGAGUUUAGGAGACAGGUUUUAGGAGCAAAAGAGAUUAUGGAGCAUCUAGAAUAACAGCUUAACACGAACAAGCAAUCUCUGAUUGCACAACCACUUCCCAGACAAGGAUCACCGGUUGAUGCCAAUCUUCAUUACUUUACUACACUCUGGAGAUUUUUUCUGCUACGCUGGUGCAUUAGAGAGGACCAUUUGUGCAUUACUGGUAAUGGUUUCGCAGACUUUCAUGGCUCUAUGUUUCACUAUUGAUUUGAUUGCCUAUUGACUAAUUAUUGAUCAAUGCCUGCUUACGAUUUCUCACGAGAAAUUAAUUCAAUUAGUAGUAAUUAAAAUCAAGUAAACCAUUAGAAAUCAUUACCAAAAAUGUAGCUAUUUGAAUAUUCGAAUCAGUGUCAAAGAAAGUUCUCUCUCUCUCUCUCUCUCUCAAAAUGGCUCUGCAACUCUGGGAAACACUGAAGGAGGCGAUCGUGGCCUACACAGGCCUAUCUCCGGCCACCUUCUUCACAUUCUUGGCUCUGCUCGUGACCGCUUACCAUGUGCUUUCUGGGCUUUUUGGGCCGUCCCAUACCCACCAGCAGCCCAGGAGCUUGGAGGAGAUGCAGCCUCUGCCGCCGCAGGUCCAGCUCGGCGAGAUCACCGAGGAGGAGCUGAAGCAGUACGAUGGCUCCGUUCCCAAGAAGCCUCUGCUUACGGAUUCAAUUACUCCUUCCUCUUCUCCUCUCACCCGUUCAUGUCCAUACGAUGUGUUUUUGAGUUUUAGAGGUGUGGAUACACGAAACAACUUCACAGGCCAUUUGCACACUUAUUUGGUUCAGAAGGGAAUUAAUACCUUCAUAGAUGACGAUGAGCUUAGAAAAGGAGAAGAAAUAUCAUCUGCACUUCUCAAAGCAAUUGAAGGGUCAAAGAUUUCUAUAGUCAUAUUCUCUGAAAACUACGCAUCCUCAGGGUGGUGUUUGGAUGAACUAGUUAAAAUACUUCAAUGUAUGGAGUUGAAGCAACAAUUGGUUUGGCCGGUGUUUUACAAGGUGGAUCCUUCCGACGUACGGUACCAGAAGGGUAAAUUUGGUCAGGCACUUGCUAAACAUGAGUGCAGAUUCAAGGACAACAUGGACAAGGUACAAAGAUGGAGGUUGGCUCUUAGGGAUGCAGCAAAUUUAUCAGGAUGGACUUUCUUGGACGGGCAUCAUGAAGCUAAGUUUAUUAGUAAGAUUGCUGAAGAUAUUUCAGCACAAGUAUCAAAACGUAGCUAUUUAAAUGUGGCAAAGUAUCCUGUUGGAAUAGAGUCUCGUGUACAAGAUAUGCUUAAGCUUGUAGAUGUUGGAGGAAGUGAGGUUCGCAUGGUUGGUAUAUGGGGUAUUGGCGGGUUAGGCAAAACAACAAUUGCUAAAGCUGUUUACAACUCAAUUGCCCAUAAGUUUGAAGGUUGCUGUUUCUUGAGAAAUGUUAGAGCAGAUUCAGUACCCCAUCCAGGCCUAGUUCGACUACAAAAUAAUCUUCUUUAUGAGAUUUUAGGGGGCCAGGAAAUGAAGAUGACCGAUGUUGAUAGAGGAAUUCAGGUGAUAAAGGACAGGUUGGGUAGCAAAAGGGUUCUCUUAGUUCUUGAUGAUGUGAAUGAAUUGAACCAGUUGGACAAAUUAGCUGGAGGAUUGGAUUGGUUUGGUUGUGGAAGCAGAAUUAUCAUAACAACAAGAGAUAAACAUUUGCUAAUUGCACAUCAAGUCUAUCCUAUAUAUACUGCCAAGGCAUUAGAUAAUGAUGAAGCUCGUAACCUCUUGACUUUGAAUGCCUUCAAGGAAAACAGAAAUCCAGAUGAGUGUGUGAAAUUCCCAAUUGAUACUGCUCUACUGUAUGCUCACGGCCUUCCAUUAGCUAUAAACAUUUUAGGUUCACUUCUCUGUGGUAAGGGUAUAAAUCAAUGGCAUGCUGCAUUAGAUGGUUACAGAAGAUUUCCUAACAGCGAUAUCCAAAAAGUCCUUCAAACAAGUUACAAUGCAUUGGAAGAUCCGUUGAAAGAAGCAUUUCUCGACAUUGCAUGUUUCUUAAAAGGUGAAGAUAAGGGGUAUGUGAUGCACGCACUAGAGGGUUCUUACCUCAACCCUUUACAUGCUAUUGAAGUACUUGAAGAAAAGGCCCUCGUAAAUACUAGUGAAUUUGGUAAGAUUUGGAUGCAUGACUUGCUGGAGGAAAUGGGAAAAGAAAUUGUUCGUAAAGAGUCACCCGCAGAUGCUGGCAGACGUAGCAGACUAUGGUUUCAUGAGGAUGUUUAUCGUGUUUUAACGGAAAAUACAGGCUCAAAAAAAGUUAAAGGCAUCAGAGUAGAGCUACCAAGAGAAGAUGAGAUAUGCUUGAGUGCUAAAUGCUUUAAAAAGAUGAAAAAUCUUCAACUUUUUAUAAACAUUAAUGCACGCUUCUCUGGAGAGGUUAAUUAUCUCCCAAAUCAGUUGAGGUUCUUUGAUUGGCCUGGAUUCCCAGCACAAUAUUUGCCAUCCGACUUCAAUCCACAAAAACUAGUCAAGCUCAAUAUGCCAAACAGUCGCAUCUCACGACUUGGGCAAGGACUCAAGAAUUUGCAAAAUUUGAAAUCUCUAAGCUUCAGAAGUUGCAAAUUCCUAAGAGAAUUCCCCGACUUGUCUGGAAUGUUCCCAAAUUUGGAGAGGUUGGAUUUAAAUUCCUGUACAAGUUUAGCUGAGUUGCAUCCUUCUGUUGGAUUCCUUGAUAAGCUUGUUGACUUCAUUCUUAAAGAUUGCUCUAACCUUAAGAUGUUUCCAAAAAUAGUAAACAUGAAAUCUCUGCAAAAUAUUGAUUUGAGAGGCUGCAAGAGGCUCAAGAACUUCCCAGAAAUUGAGGGAAGGAUGGAAUCCUUAACACACAUGAAUGUAUCUGAAACUGCCAUCAAAGAAGUGCCAUCAUCAAUUGGACAUGAUCUAUUUAAUCUUCAAUUUUUUAUUUUACAAAAAUGUGAAAACCGUUCGAAUCUGCCACUCAGCAUUUAUGAGUUACAAAAGCUAGUUUAUUUUGAACUCACUGGUUGCCCAAAACUGGUGCUUCCAUUUCCGAAUAAGGUGAAAUACUGUGAAGUGCCAACUCCAACGUCUAACUCAAAGAUUUCACGUUACAGCAAGGCAACUUCAUCAGAAAGAGAAAGUCAUAGUGACAGUGACGGUGCUGAUGAUGAUCAAGGCAAUUUAGCGUUUCCUUCACUAGAGUACUUUGAUGCGGGAGGAUGCAAUAUUUCAAACUGUGAUUUCCUCGUGACGCUUGGUUGUGCCUCCACCUUAGACACGCUUAAUUUUUCAGAAAGCAAUUUUGUUAAUCUUCCCGCUUGCCUUGCUACCAAAUUUAUCAACUUGAAGAAGCUUAACUUGAAUGGGUGCAAAAGGCUUCAAGAGGUUCCGGGGCUUCCACCAAAUUUGGUAGUGUUAGAUGUGAGAGAUUGCGUAUCAUUGGAAAGAAUUUCAAAGUUAUCAAACAUUUUGAAACAUCAAGAAUCGCAAAUGUUUGAGUGGUUGGACUUGACCAAUUGUUGGAGACUGCGUGACAAUCUGGUUCAGGAGGUAGAGAAGAAGUUUGAUCAUCAUGUGGAGGCUGAUCUCUUCUCUCUUUUUCUCUCUUCUCAGAAGUCUGCAUUCGGGGUUGUAUGUCCAGCAAGUCAUGAAAUUCCAAAGUGGUUCAGUUGUCAAAUGGAUUUCAUAGGGAAUGGACUGUUUGAAUUUUAUAUUCAAGUCCUCCCUAAUUUCAAAUGGCACAACACAGGAUUGGCUCUAUGUGUUGCUGGCGAAAAGGUGCUAGAUUGGCAAUUCGAAAUUCGUAUCAAUGAAGCAAGAGUGACAGAUCGUUGUUUCAAUGAAGGUGAUUCGGCUCUUCUGGGGAUGCAGUAUAUUCCGUUCGAUACAAUUCCAUUUGAUUCGCUGCCACCGUUUAUCUGUCGAGUUAGUAUUCAACAAAAUCUCCGUUCUAACAAGGUUCCCUUGAAACGCUGCGGAGUUCACCUGGUAAUGCCACCAAAUGAAGUGUGUAUGAAACUAUCCCAGGCACUGAACUUCAGGAAUAGACUCAAAGCAGUGGACGAUUUUUAUGAACCCAAAUCAAAUGACUCUCACAGCUCAAGAGAAGAAGGGCCGUCAGGACUCAAGAGCCGAAUUGAUUUUUAAUUGGAUAAAGUGAAAUGGCUGGUCACAGGAUUGCUGAUGCUGAAGGACCAAGUGUUGUCAAAAAGAUCUGUAGCAGCACCGUGCUUGCCUUAGUGCAUCACUGGAAUGACCACAGGAAAGUGAAGGCACUAAUUCCAUGACUUGCUGGAUAAAGGUGAAGAAAUCUGUCUUGUUGAUAAAGUCAGAUGCUAAACUGCGAUAUUAUCCCAUCAUGAACUUGUGGACACUUUCAAGUUUCAACAGUGUUGUUUUGAACAGAAAUUGUUGUACGUUGUUUGCUUCAUUGUGAUUGAUUCCCUUUUGUGGUUUUACUCAAUUUGAGAUGCUAUCUGGUUAUUUUCUCGUCCUCUCACUUUCUUCCAUGUAAAUGAAUCAAAGCAUGAUAAUUUUCAA